AUGACUUUGGUGUGGCACAUACCGCAUAUUUUAUCUCUGGAUCGCGAAUACCAUUCACAAAGAACAACAACAAAUGAGAGAUCUCCACUCUCUAGUGCGCCAAAACAAAACAAUUGUGUAGAAGACAACAUAAAAGAAAUUAUAGAAAAACAAACAACAACUCAAAUGGUUGCUGAAAAAAGUAAUGCUACUGUGAUCAAUGUCACAAAUAGUAGUAAUGAAAAUAUUAACUCUAUAAAAACCGGUGAUGAUAAGCAAAAUCAAUCGAGUUUUACAUUAAAAAAUACUGGUGCCAUACCAAAAAAUAGUAUAGUGAAAAAUACGGGAAAAAUCCUAACAGGAAUGGACCGUCACAUCACUAUAACUAAACGCAAGUCCAGUCCUAGGACAUCAAUAUUGGAACCAAAUCCAAAACAGGCGAAGAAAAAUCCGGUAAGUCAAAAUCGUUUUGCAAUUCUUGACAAUCAUGAAAGUAAAGAAAAACCCGCAAAGCCUGUAAAAGACUAUAAGCCACCUCCUCUUUAUUUGCGCGAACCUACUACAAAUGUUUUGGUGAACAAAUUGUCCCAACUUGUAGGAAAUUGA